CAUUCAUCUGGAAGCUGGCGGUCUUUGUUGGAACUAUGGGAAUGGUUUCUCUUGGAUCUUCGCUGCAGCAGAAGCAACAGAGAGCGAACAGUUUCUACCGGAGGCUUGAAGAGCAAAGAGAGCCCAGUGAAGGCAGUCCUAAUGCCCAGAUCCAAGAGUCCCAGCCUUUUCCACAGAGGAGCCAGCAGAGCUCACCAUCUGCAUCCUGGCAGCCUGCUGGAGAUGCUCCUGCAUCCAGUGGAGCCAGUUCAGGAACAAGUUCCAACUGCAGAAACCGACCAAUUGACCUGGUCUUCAUCAUAGACAGCUCCCGCAGCGUUCGCCCUUCAGAGUUUGAAAAGGCCAAAGAGUUCCUUCAGAUCAUGGUGGACAGUUUGGCCAUCGGCUCAGACGCCACUCGCGUCGGCCUGGUUAAUUACGCCAGCACAGUGAAGAUUGAAUUUCUCCUCAGCACAUACUUCGACAAGUCCUCCCUGAAGCAGGCACUGGGCCGCGUCGAGCCCCUCGCUUCAGGCACCAUGACAGGGGUGGCCAUCAAAACCGCCAUGGAGAAAGCCUUCACCAAGGAAGCGGGGGCCCGAGCCGCUUCCAUGAACAUCGCCAAGGUGGCCAUAAUAGUGACAGACGGAAGACCCCAGGACAACGUGGAAGAGGUGUCAGCAGCAGCCCGAGCGUCUGGGAUCGAGAUCUACGCGGUGGGCGUAGACAGAGCCGACAUGGCGUCCCUCCAGCUGAUGGCCAGCCAGCCACACGAGGACCACGUCUUCUACGUGGAAACCUAUGGAGUCAUAGAGAAGCUGACUGCCAAAUUUAGGGAAACCUUGUGUGGUAAGGAUGACGAGAACGGGAAUGCAGAUGUUCCAAUAGAAGCCGGAACUGAUGAGAACGGAUUAGGCCUAGAAGGCAUCAAAGACCAUUACGGAAAUAAAAUUGAGCGCGACGAUAGAGGAAACGAUGGUUUCUCUUCAGGGUUGGAUGCUUGUGCUCAGGGACACAACUGCCAGCACAUUUGUGUCAGCAAUGACGAUUCCUACGCCUGCAAGUGCCGCUCGGGAUACAUCUUAAACCCAGACAAGAAGACAUGCUCCCGUUCAGAUGCUUGUGCUGGAGGACAUGACUGCCAACACAUUUGUGUCAACCACGGCAACUCGUACACUUGCAAGUGUCAAACGGGAUACGAUUUGAACUUGGACCACAAAACCUGCUCUCGUUCUGACCCGUGUGCUUAUGGACACGACUGCCAGCACAUUUGUGUAAACAACGGUACCUCUCACCGCUGCAAAUGUCGAGAAGGCUAUGCGUUGAAUCCUGAUAAGAAAACAUGCUCACGUGCAGAAAGAUGUUUGCAGGGACAUGACUGCCAACACAUCUGCGUCAGCAUGGACGACUCAUUCGUAUGCACAUGCAGACCCGGUUACGUGUUGAAUGCAGACAGGAAAACGUGCUCACGCUCAGAUGCAUGCGCUCAGGGCCAUGAUUGCCAGCACCUGUGUGUCAGUAAUGGAGCAUCAUACGUCUGCAAGUGCCGAGUAGGAUAUGUGCUCAACAUGGAUAAGAAAACAUGCUCACGUUGGGAUGCAUGUGCUCAGGGUCACGACUGCCAGCACAUUUGCCUCAACAACGGUGAAUCUUACAACUGCAAGUGUCGAGAAGGAUACGUGCUGAAUGCUGACCAGAAAACGUGCUCACAGGAAAUGAGGAGUGAAAUAACACAAGACGCCUGCAUGUGUGAAGCUCAGAUUGUAUUCCAGAAAAAAAUGCACUCAGCUAUUCAAGAGCUGAGCAGGAAAAAUAUCCUUUUUAAACAACAAUGCAAUCUUUACAAUAAAGCCAGUGCUCUGGGGUGACGAUGGCUGCAUCCCAUUUAGUUUAAGCAUGUUCUGCUAAACAAGCAAUUUGAACGUGUGCAGAUAUGGAAUGCAGCCCUCGCUAGUCUCUUCUUUAAAGAGCAA